UAGUUUUCCCAGAGUUUUUGUUGAAGUAAGAGCCUAAGAGUGGAAAACCAUGAAGAAACUGCAAAAUACUGUUUUAUAUGUCGUCUUUCAUUUUAUUCUCUCUGUUUCCCCAUCAAAAGAAACUGAUUCUACAACUGGAAGUCCCAGUGAAUUAACAACAACAAUAACAAGCACUGCCCCCUCAACAACUGAUAGAGCUGCUAGAAACUGUGAGGCCCCUGGAACUGUAUGCCUGGUUGGUGGUGACCCUGGAACCUCAGAAUACAUUGGGAAUGUGAUGGUGGGAGGGUCCCCAGUAUGUGAUGAUGAUUGGGAUAUUGCAGAUGCUUAUGUCGUCUGCAGAGAACUAGGAUAUCAGAAGGCUAAACAAGCAUUCAGAGAAUCUAGGUUUGGGAAUGUUAGCUCAGAUUUUGUCAUGGAUAAUGUAAAAUGUAUUGGGGUGGAGUCCCGCCUACAGGAUUGUGAGCAUUCAACACAGGAAGAUUGCGAUGUAUCUGAGGGAGCUGGAGUAGAGUGUGAAACUCAAAUCAUUUCUCAAAGUGAUUGUUAUGAGUAUGAUAUCUCCUACACCUUUGGUGAUAGCAUUGAUCAGGAUAAUAAAGUAGAAACACCGGAAGACUGUCAAAAAUAUUGCCAGGAGCUGGACACUUGCUUGCACUUUACCUACUAUCCAUCUCAAAAAAGAUGCUACAGAAAAAUUGGAAACUCUAAAACAUUCAAAGAUGGAGCUAUAUCAGGUCCCAGAAACUGUUCAGCAUUGACAGUCUCUUCUGCACAAAAAGAUACUUCUUGUUAUUCUUUUGGUGUUGGAUAUAGUUAUGGAGACUAUUUAGACUAUUUCACAGAGAUAGAUUAUCAGGCAUGUCAAGUUCGCUGUCAAAACCACAAUGGUUGCUCCUACUUCUCCUAUUAUCUAUCAAAUAAUGAGUGCUACAUGAAAACCUCUGAUGAAAACAGAAGGAACAAUCCUGAUGUAGUUUCAGGUCCUGCUCAUUGUGCAGGGGAGGGAAGCACAAUUGAAUCCAACCCUUGCAUUACACCUGGAAAGUUGUGUCUUGUAGGAGGUGGAGGGGAUCAUGAGGGAAAUGUUGUUAUUGGAGGUAAACCUGUCUGUGAUGAUAACUGGGAUAUGAAUGAUGGACGAGUAGUGUGUAGAGAGCUUGGUUUCCAUGAGGUAGAGCGAAUAACCAAAGAAAGUCAAUUUGGGAAAGUGUCUGUGAACUUUAUUAUGGACAAUGUUGAAUGCAUUGGAACAGAAGAAAGAUUAUUUAACUGCACAUACAACUCUGAUGAUGAUUGUGGGGCAACAGAAGGUGCAGGUGUAGUUUGUGAUAAACGAUCACUUGAAGAAAUAGCAGCUGAAAAGGCAAUAAUGCAGCAUUGUUUUGAUGAUGGGGUCUCUUACAAUUUUGGAGACUAUUUGGAUUUUGAAGUUGCUUCAAAUGCCAUGUCUUGUCAGAAACAUUGCAUGGCUCACCCUGACUGUUCUCAUUUUUCUUUUUACCAAGACAGCAGAAAAUGUUACAGAAAAACAGGGAACACUAAAAGAUCAACAGAGGGUGCCAUAUCUGGCCCCAGAAACUGCAGUGAUCUUAGCUACAUUCCUCAGUCAACUUUAUCACCUGUAUUGAAAGAUUGUAACAGUCCAUGGGUGGUAUGUCUUACUGGUGGUAAGAAUGAUACAGAAGGUGAUGUUUUAGUUGGUGGUAGGCCAGUAUGCGAUGAUGACUGGAACAUCAUAUCUGCUAAUAUUGUUUGCAAAGAGCUAGGCUUUAUUGGUGCUCUUAUGUUUACAAAAGAGUCAAGAUUUAGAAAUAGACAGCAAAAUUUUAUCAUGGACCAGGUUAGCUGUGAUGGAACAGAGGAACGUCUCAAGGAUUGCAACCAUUCUAAUAGACAUGACUGUAGUUUGGGAGAAUCUGCUGGUGUUGUCUGUGACACUAGAACUGCUGUUCAAUUAAGUACUGUAGAGAAUGCUUGCUUUCAAACAGGGAUCGGGUAUAGCCCAGGAGUUUAUUUAGACUAUGACAUUGUUGCUUCUGCUCAUGAUUGUCAGAUUCACUGCCUCAGUUCCUCUGAAUGUAAAUAUUUUACUUUCUAUGUGGAUUCUCACAAAUGUUUUAGAAAAGGGUCGAACAGUGCUCAACCCAGUCCAAAUGCUAUAUCUGGACCAAGAGAUUGCAACAGUACUUCAAACAUAACAAAACCAGUUGUUGUUCUGCCUCUCAGGAAUUGCGACAGCCCUGGUGUAGUAUGUUUAAAAAGUGGACUUACACCUGAUGAAGGCAAUGUUUACGUUGGUGGUAAACCAGUUUGUGAUGAUAGAUGGGACUCUGUAGAUGGCAGAGUAGUUUGCCAAGAGCUUGGAUACCAAGAUGUGCUGAUGCCCUAUCUAGAAUCUCACUUUGGAAGAGUAGAAUCAGAUUUUGCCAUGGAUGAUGUUGAGUGCACUGGAACUGAAAAAGCAUUAAUACUUUGCAAACAUGUCAAAAUAUCUGACUGUGGAAGAAAUGAAGGAGCUGGAGUUAAAUGUGACAAUAGAACCCUAAUGACAAUUCCUGAAGAUUGUAAAGCGAAGAACAAAAUCUGCCUUAUUGGAGGCCAGGGGGACCAUGAGGGUAAUGUUUACUUUGAGGGAAAGCCUGUUUGUGAUGAUGGUUGGACAUUUGCCGAUGCCCAUGUGGUCUGCAGAACUCUGGGGUUUAAAGAGGCAGAAAGUGCCACCAAGGAAUCUAGAUUUGGAAUUGUGCCAUCUAAAUAUGGGAUGUCUGAAGUUAGCUGCACUGGAGGUGAAGAAUCAUUUCUAAGUUGCAUGAAUACUAAGUCUGAUAUCACCUGCAAUCGAGAGGAAGGAGCUGGGGUGAUCUGUAGAGGAGGAUUAAAUAGAUCCUCUAACCAGUCAGCAGCAGUUUCCGUCUGGGUUCCAGCUGUAGCUUCCAGUCUUUUAGUCGCUGGACUGCUGUUUAUCAGUUGGACAUAUAAAGAUAAAAUAUCAUACUUUAUACGCCGGGAACUUGUGGUUAGAAUAUCUGGCAGUGGUCCUCUCAUGACGUAGAUAACAAAGACGACACUAUAUUUGUUUCCCAAUGAAUGGACAUCCAUUUUCGUCAGUUUCUCCAACAUCAAGUUUUUUUUUAUUAUUUUUUAGUCAGGUUGCUCCACAAAAAUAUAUUUAUUACAUUUUACAAAUUAUAGAAGACAUAAUUUAGCUGGAAAAAAAUGGGUUGUGAGCAAAAACUUCCCAGUAGAAUUAAGUCUUUGCACCACAAACUCUGAUUUUCUAAUGUCUAUAUCUUUGCAACCCAAUGUUGUAGACCUUAGA